AUGUCUACUCUGGAAGCAGACCUCUCCUUUGACUUCACCUUUCUCUCUCCUUCCACGCCGCCAUCGCCAUGUCAACAGGAUUUCGUACCGGAUUCACUCUGUAACUUUGAUCCAUCCUUCUUGGACUUGCCACAUAUCCGCCGCCAUGUACGUUCUUCGUCAAAGGCGUCCUCAGUUUACUCUGUUGUUUCGACUGUAGAGUCAACACCCGACUCUGUAUCUACACGCUUGACGACGCCGCCUCGAGUUAGCCCUCCUAUUCGCCAUCAUGGACCCGCUUUGUUACCAAAGAUUCGCUCGCAGGAUCAAAAUAUUGACGACUGCCAACUUGGUCAGGCUUCUAUUUCUAUGAAGAAGCAUAGCCGGUCCAGGAACACAACUCCUGUCAGAGCAUCUUCCGCAAGGUCGUUCCGCCCAGGUGGCCAUGCCAGAAGCUAUACCAAUCCAGAGACUCUCAACAUGGCCUACGCUCACUUGUCAUCCUUCCCCACUGGUGGCUCCUCUGAAGAGAACUCGUCGUCCAUGUCCAAUCCGGCCCCUCUUCUGUCCUCGCCUGUUAAUUUCAGUACGUUGAACUGGAACAACUGCAGCAACUCGGGAAUCAUGACCGCAGAUCAUGAAGUAAUGACAGCUUCCCGCAGAGCGUCAAACCGCUUCAGCCUUGAUGCUCCCGUUAUUCGCAAGUAUGGCUAUCCCACGUAUCGUCAACUGCCACUGAUGGCGGCGUCAUCUACGCCCCCAACAAUGUGCACCCCCACGCCACCACCAGACUUUCCUUUCCCGUCCUACGUUGCUCGAGCCCAAUCACCCUUGAGCCUUGCCAGAUCCCCUGUACCCGUUGCAACAGCGACCCCUUCCACCACUCUCAUCGCCUACUUGACCCAGUACAACACCGCCGCGACUCUCGUCCGCACCAUCUCCUUCCCGAUGAGAGAUUCCAGCGUCAAGAAUUUCUGGUGGGACAUUCGCAACAUUAGAUCAUGGAACUCCUUCACCGCCAAAUCCAUAUUUGCGCUGCCGGGGGUGUCCGCUUUGCUCACGACUCCAGUCUCCGCCUCGGUCCUACCACAGCCACACAUGUCCGCUCGCAAUCCAGAAACAGAGGCAUGUCUCCAUGAUAUAUACGCAUCAUAUUAUCUCCCGAAGCUCAAUUCAGCUCUUGCCGUCUCGUCGACCCGCCCUCUACAAUUUUUCGUCCCUUCCAAAUCGGCCAACAGCAUCAAAGACCUGCUCUUCAUUGCUAAUGCGGCGGGAGAAACAAGCAGUGCCACUACCAUCUUCGGCGGAAAGCCCCUAGCUCGCGUUGUCGGGCUCGUUCGUUGCUUUGACCGCUUCAACACUGGAAUGAGAGUAGAGAGUAAUAUCAAGCGCGUGGAAUAUCUUCGUGGUCUUGCUGCUUUGCACCAGGCUAUGCGCGAGCAUAGCUGUCGAUAUGGGUUUAUCAUGACCGAAAUUGAACUGGUUCUGGUUCGUUGCGGAACAGAGUCCACGCCCUUUUUUGGCGAUCUCGAGAUUACAUCUGUUCAGUUAUCCGUGAUUUUUUCUCCCAAAGAUAUCGACGGCAUCGGGUCUUCGGAGUCAGCAUUGACAGCCUGUCUGGCGCUAUGGGGUUUAUGCCAACUGGCUGGCGAUGACGCUCCGGCUGGUCACGCUCACUGGAAGACUGAGAUUGGAGCUCCUGCUGAAGGUACCCGACGAAAGGCAAAACCUCGCGAUCCUUGGAUGCCGCAACCGCAACUAGCUGAGAAGCGUGAGGCAAAGCGGAGUCGUGGAUGGGUAUGGCCCGAGGACGCCAUCGGAAGAAAGGAGCUGGGCAAGAGGGGAGUCAGGUACGGCGGCAUACAGAUUUGA